AUGCAUUUGGAAAGUGUCUGUUAUGUGUUUAGUAAAAUAUAUUAAAUGUUACAGGAGACAUUUAAACAUUUUUGUUUUUUAAACAUAGGGAGACUCUUAACUUUCUAUGUUAGAUGUGAUGCUACGAAUUCAGCAAUAACCUUCUGGUGCUAUAUCGUAACACACAGUUCAAACUAAAAAUGUGCGACUAUGUUUUGGCUCUGGGAGUCUGUGCUAUGGAUCUGUCGCUAGAAAUGCUGGAGGAGAAAUUCUGCCCCCGAUCAAAUGAGCCACGAAUCUCAGAAGGGCUUGCGGCUGUCAAAACAAUGAUGACGAAUUUAUUCGAGGAAAAAAAGGAGGACUCAAAAGAGCAAAAAGAUCUGAGUCUGCUCUCCCCUGCUGAGGAAAUCCAGGGUUUGCAUGCCAGAGUUCAUCAACUUGAGAAAGAGAAAGCCGAAAUGGAGGCAGAGAAUAAACGACUCAAAGAUAUGUUGGUCAAUGAAAUCCCCUCCCUUCUGUCAACAAUGAGACACACCUUUGCAGCUCGUAUUGAAACCACUUCGUCCGAUUGCUUUGUUUCUGAUGAAGAUUGCAAGACAUCCUGCUCUGAUAGUGUCUGCAGUACACCAACCUUUCCAACUCCACCAGCAGACAUAGAAGGGUCAAAUAUGCAGAGUAUGUGUGCAUCGGCGAACGUAACAAACUCUGUGGAAGUAUACAAGGGAUCAAACGUGUAUAGUGAAGGAAUGGUGUGGAAAGCUGCCAUACAAGCAAACUCUGCGACAGCCAUGGCUAGAACCCUACUGCUUGGAGUUUUUGACAUGGACACUCUGUUGAGGAGCAACCUCAGAGGUGGUAAAAGUAAAAGGGCCAACUAUGCAGACCAAAAAGAAGGACUGGAUCCGUUAAAGCUGGAUGCAAUCUAUAAUGCCACAUUGAAGAAAUUCCCCAAUGCAAAAAGAGGACAAAUUGGAGUUGGGAUUAACUCAAAGCUGUCAGAAAUUAGGUUCAGAUACAGGAAAGCCAAACGAGAAAAGGGAUGUGAUAUUUUUUGCUGACAAAGGCUUAAUUAGUGUUGUGUUUGGUACAUUUGUUUUAUUUUUGUUAAUAUAUUAAAGUACAUACAUUUUUCUUUUGGUGUUGCAUUACCUUCAGAUGUAAUCAGCCACAGGAUAUAAAGUUCUGUUCUGUAGCAUUUGAUUUUUUUUUCCUACCUAAAGCAAAACAUUCCCAAGAAGAACGGAAUAUCUUAGUGAUGCACUGUAGUCGUUAGCUGAAGCAUUUACUACUGAGUUGAAAUGUUGUUAGACCAAACUGAAGAUUUUUAAAUGCCAUAUUGAGUUAUCAUUCUUCUCUAAAUUUGCUUUUACUUUGGCUUUGAGCUUGCAUUGAGAUUCUCGAGACAAGCUCAGAGCAACAGUACCACUUAACACUGAUUGUGCAUGCCAUAAAACAGUUAUAUAUAUAUAUAUAAAAAAUUUUUUUUUUUUUUUUUUAAAAGAUGAGUUUCAGUUACAGGACUUAAAAAGGACAAUCUGAUGUGGACAUCUGUUGUUAAGUGUCUGAAAAUGUCUGUGUAGGAAAUCAGUAAAGGUCUGCUGCACAUUGUUUCUGUUUUUCUCAGAUCUCCAAGUGAUUAGUUGCAGGUGUGGUCUCCUGGGAUUCAUGCACAGGCUCUGUCGAAGUCAGGGCAGUCUGUGUAGUAGUCCUUCUGUGCCUUCAAAUCCCCCAUUCUCAGAACAGGUCACACAUGUUCCUGAAUAUAUUUUCAAAAUAAUGUUUUUUUUAAAUGUUGCAGUAUGUGAAGCUGCCAUUUUUCUGCAUUGUUUGUUAGGUUUACUAUUUUUAUAAUAUUAUUGAUCUAGAGAUGCUUCCAUUAAGUUGAUUAACAUGGGUCUUAAAAUAAAAUUGCACAAUAUUUCCAAGGUUGUAAACUGUAUGCUGUUUUGCAAAAUGUUCUGCAUGUGUAGGAUACCUUC